AGCGGGCACAACAACUACGAGCAUGUUGAAAAGAAAAGUGUCAUUUGAGGAUGGAGAUGGGAAGAUUACUUUGGAAGAGGAUGUUCCAAAAAGAAAGAUGGUUGAUGGUGUGAUUGGGCCAGGAUCCAGAUUUAAGGAGAAACACUCUUUAGACAGUGAUGAGGAGGAUGAAGAAAAGGAUGUAGAAAAAAGCAGCAAAUACGACAUUCUUGCCAGUGAUGAUGUGGAAGGUCAGAAAAUGGCAACAAUUGACUAUGAUGAGGGGGUACCCAUCACCCCCUUUAACCUUGUUGAAGAAAUGCAAGAGGGACACUUUGAUUCGGAAGGAAACUACUUUGUCAACAAAGAUAAGGAUAUCAGGGACAACUGGCUGGACAAUAUUGACUGGGUGAGGAUAAAAGAACAGCCAGUGAAAAAGAAGAAAGGCCUUGCAGCUAAACGAAGGAGAAGAGCUGGUGAUGAAGACGAAGCAGAGGAGGAGAUGCAGCGUGAGAAGCAGCAGAAAGAAAUUGACGAAGAUGAAGAAGAGGUGGAGAAAGAACCAGCAGAAGACCCUCUGGCCAUUCAACUCAUAGAAGCCAUCAUUGAACUAAUGUUGCCUGGAGAAACAGUGGCUGCUGCUCUUCGAAGACACGGAGGUCUUGGAGGACGAAAGAAAAAAGGAAGAUCAAGAGAAGAAGAGACUCCAAACAGAGAUGCUGAUAAACUAGACAAACUGACAGCAUUGGCAGACAGACUGGUGGGGAUUGGAGAGUUUGAAAUUUAUCAGCAGACCUAUGAAAAACUGGCCUACAAACUGAAAGGAAUGAAACAAGGAAAGGCUGCCAAAACAAAAGAUAGCAGGGAGGAAGAUGAUGAUGAACUAGACAUGUUUGGUGAUAAAUUUGAUGAGAAGCAUAUUGUAGAAAAAGAUAAAGAGAAUAAGAACAGCGAUAGAGUGACUGAUGAGGUCAUGUGGGAGUACAAAUGGGACAGUGAGGAAAACUCUGAGCUCUAUGGGCCCUUCAGCAGCCAACAGAUGCAGGACUGGGUGGAUGAGGGCUACUUCAAGGAUAGUGUAUACUGUAGAAGGGUUGAUCAAGAAGGUGCCCCAUUCUACAACUCGAAGCGAAUAGACUUUGAACUUUACGCAUGAACAAUCUUUCAAUCAUGUUACCAUCAAAAUCAGUUCUGUUUGAUUUCUUCAGUCCUUCUGUGAGGACUUUUCUAAUCAAUUGUUUACUAUAUUUGUUUUAUUUACAUACGCUAAUAUGUGCACCUCUGUUUGAUACCUGAUGUGUUUUAGAAUAAAGAUUUUUUCUA